AUGUAUGGUCAGGCCCACCACCCCAACUCGCUCCAAUUUACGCCUCCCAGUCUCGGCAACCCAUGUUGCCGUUCGAGCCACCAGCGGCCUCUCACUACCUUGAACACCUCCCUCCCCUCCGUUGUAUCUCCCAAAAAUUCCCCUAUCCAAGACGCGAAGAAGCUCCUACUCGAAGUCAAGGACCUGACGGCUGUGAUAGCAGAAUCCAAGCAACAAAUUCUCAAGGGCGUUAACCUCGCCAUCUAUGAAGGAGAGGUUCACGCAAUUAUGGGGAAGAAUGGUUCUGGGAAGAGCACAUUGGCAAAGGUUCUUGUUGGCCAUCGAGAUUAUGAAGUUACGGGGGGUACUGCAGUGUUCAAAGGGGAGUAUUUGCUGGACAUGGAACCAGAGGAACGGUCACUUGCUGGGCUCUUUAUGAGCUUCCAGUCUCCUAUUGCGAUUCCUGGUGUGAACAAUAUUGACUUUCCGAAUAUGGCUUAUAAUGCUCAGAGAAGAAAACUUGGUCAGCCAGAGCUCAGACCGAUUGAGUUCUAUGCUUACAUUUUUCCCAAGCUUGAACUCGUAAAGAUGAAGGCAGACUUUCUCAAUAGAAACGUUAAUGAAGGAUUCAGUGGCGGUGAAAGGAGGUGGAAUGAAAUUUUACAGCUUGCAGUUCCAGGUGCAGAUUUGGCCAUCUUGGAUGAAAUUGAUUCUGGACUGGAUGUUGAUGCACUUCGAAAUGUGGCGGAAGCAGUAAAUGGGCUUUUGACUCCAAAGAUCUCUCUAUUGAUGAUUACCCAUUAUGAACGUCUUUUGAAUUUUGUGAGGCCAACAUUUAUCCACGUCAUGGAGAAUGGGAAAAUUGUGAAGACGGUGGACAUUUCAAUUGCAAAACUUCUGGAGGACGAAGGUUACCAAGCAAUUUCUGCAUCAUAAGUGCAUGCAGUUAGAUUCUCUCGUGCGGUCAUUACAAGUAAAUCAACCAUAUUACAAUUCAAUUGUUUUUAGAUGGGCCUUAACAAGAUCUGUGUUGGAUAUUGUCAGAUUAUGCUCAGAUUUUACAGCAUCGUUGAGGGUUAGGAAGGUGAAUAAUUUAUCACAGGCUAUUUCAUCCGGAAUCAAGGCAACAUAUUGUUUAUAGAAUUGUGAGAUGCAACAGCCAGACCUCAUGAUGCUUAUGCGUAGACUAUAUCUGAGUUUUAGAUGUUGCGUUCUAGGCUCUCUUUUUUCCCCAAGGCCUUGCUGCAGAGUAAAGAAAUUGCAACAGCCAGACCUCAUGAUGCUUAUGUGUAGACUAUAUCUGAGUUUUAGAUGUUGCGUUCUUGCUGCAGGGUAAAGAAAUUUUGAUUGAUGAGCAUUUUAUUGGGGAUGGCUGAUAGCUGAAGUACUUUACUUUACAAGCCUGUUGCUUACCUAUAAAAACUAAGUCUACGUUUAGAUGUUGAGAUAAGUUGAAUUGAGUUAUGAAUAAUAAUAUUUUGUAGAUUCUAUUGA